AUGGCCGGUCAAAAUAUCCAGCCACCGGUACCCCUCCGACAACAGCAAGAAAGCGGCUAUGGGAGUACAAAUGACAACACGUCAACGAUGAACUCGACGAUGAACCGUGCUCGCGAGAAUCUCCCAAAAGUGAAUCCGUUGCAGUUGAGCGUACACUUUCAGAAUCUGCUCGGCAGUGGUACUUUCGGAAAAGUCGUUCGCGGAUUGCAUGCAGAAUAUGGAGAUGUUGCAAUCAAAAUCGCUGAAGACGACAAAGGCAAGAAGAAAGAUUUACUUAAAGAGUGCUCGAUGUUGUACAAGUAUGGAGCAAAUCAUCCGAAUAUUGUCAAAUGGUAUGGUCUCUAUGAAAGCGCUCACUUACUGGGUUUCGUGAUGGAAUUUAUGGACUGCGGAACACUCGACAAUUUACUCCUCAGAGAGAAUCACCUUGACUACAAGAUCGAUCACGUUUUCGCGUGGAUGCAUCAAGCGAGCGAUGCUGUUUGCUAUAUGCAUUCCGUCGGAUUGGUGCACCGGGAUUUAAAGCCGUUAAACCUUCUCCUCCGCGACGGUUACCUGCACUUAAAGCUCUGCGAUUUCGGCACAGUGAUCGACAUUCGACGAACGAUGACGAAUUGUGUUGGAUCGGCCGCCUAUAUGGCACCUGAAGUAUUUCAAGGUCGUUCUUACGGUCCAGCUUGUGAUGUUUACAGUAUGGCAAUCAUCUUGUGGCAAAUGAUCGCUAGAAGAAGUCCAUACGGUCGUGUCGAAAAGAUCACUCUUCUCUGGAACGUUCAUCAAGGACACCGGCCACAAGACUUGAAAUGCCACUGGAUUUUGAGGACAUUCGUGCAAAAGUGCUGGGCGCAUAAACCGGAGGAUCGUCCGAAUAUGGAAAGUGUGCUCGAGUUCUCGAAGAUUAUGUGCAAAGUCUACCCGCACGGCCAUGAACCACUCAAGGAUAAGCACUUUUUGUCGGCCGAUCCGCAACGGGUCGGCCAACGAAAAGAGCGCUUAUCUACGGGUCGAGUGCAAGGCCAUCGCCGAACCAGAUCUGAUGAGGUGACUUUGGUGAACACGAAUACACCGGCCUCUACCCCAAGCACGACGAACGAGAUGACGAGCUCUGUAGUCGAGAAUUCCCAUUUCACGCCUAGAGAUGCCGGGGCUUUGGUUUCUCGUUCGUCCACAAACACACCGACGAUGAAUCAUAACACCUCAUCACCAAGUGUUUCAAAUGCAGAAGAGUUGUUAGCGAGGAUCCCGGCGAAUUUAAAGCCACCCAGUCAAAUCCUUGACGACGAGAGCUCCGAGCAAUCGUACAACGAGCAUUUGGCGAUGUGCAGGGAAUGGUUGGAUUACUCGAAUAUCUUACAAGAAGCCACUGCACAAAAACAUCAGCGUCUCUUCGAAGUGACAAAGCGGUUGGAGUUGAAAAAGAAAAUCGCAAAAAGGGAUCACCUAAAAGCCGUCUACGAUCAAGCGAUCAACAAGCUGAACGGGAUCGAGGAGAGUUUCUUG